AUGAAUAAUGAAAAUUCUUACUAUUAUUUCCAUUCGCAUUCUUUAACAAUGAUUAUAUUGGUUGCUACAUUAAUAAAUGUUAUUUUAUAUAUUCCUUAUUACUUUUAUCAAUGUUUGCUCUCAGCUUUAGCAACAGUGAGUGUUGGUGAUAUUUACACUGUUCAAAAUGAUGAUGAUAUUAUAUUAGAAAAGCAACAACAAAUGAAGGCUAUGAAACAAAAAUGGUUCUAUAUGCCACCUGUAUUAAAGGAGUUGACAUCUUCAUUUCUUUUUCCAACGGAAAUUAUUGCAAUAUUGAAGCUAAAAUUUGGUGGUUAUGUUAAGACGUCAAAAAAUUCACUUGAUCAACUGGCACAUACACUUAACGAUCUUGAUUUUUGUUAUGCAACACUAAAUAAAGUUAGCCGCUCAUUUGCACUUGUUAUUCAACAGCUUCCUCAACCGUUAAAAGAUUCUGUAUGUAUAUUUUAUCUUGUUCUUCGUGGUCUUGAUAGUGUUGAAGAUGAUAUGACAUAUCCUCAAGAUAAAAAGAUUUUCUUAUUACAUACUUUUUAUAGUAAUUUAUUAAUUGAUAAUUGGUCAAUAAAAGAUGUCGGUGAUACAGAAGACUAUCGAAUAUUAUUGGAUAAUUUCGGUAAAGUCAUUAACGUUUUUAAAUUACUUGAUAAAAAUGAUCAGUCUAUUAUAUCGAAUAUUACUCUUCAAAUGGGAACUGGAAUGGCAGAAUAUGUUGGUAAGAUUGACUCAAUAGAAACGCUAACCAGUUAUAAUUUAUAUUGCCACUAUGUUGCUGGUCUUGUUGGUCAUGGAUUAUCAGCUCUCUUCGUUAAUAGUGGUUUAGAAGAUACUGAUCUAUGUGUACAUAAACAUCUCAGCAAUAGUAUGGGACUCUUCUUACAAAAAACAAACAUAAUUCGGGAUUAUCUCGAAGAUCUAAAAGCUGGUAGAACUUGGUGGCCCAAAGAAAUUUGGCAAAACUAUGCAGCUUAUCUUGAUGAAUUCGCUAAAACACCUAAUUGUGAAAAGAGUCUUGAAUGCUUAAAUCAUAUGGUGCUGGAUUCUUUUAAUCAUGUCCCUGAUGUGAUCAACUAUCUUAGCAGAUUAAAACAUCGUAAAGUGUUAGAAUUUUGUGCUAUUCCACAAGUGAUGGCAAUGGCUACUCUUGUUGAGUUAUAUAACAAUCCGUCAGUAUUUACAUCGGUUGUAAAAAUACGCAAAGGACUCACUUGUAAAUUAAUGCUGAAUUGUUCAACAUUGAAUGAAGUCCUUCAUUGGAUUUAUUUCUUUAUCACAAAAAUUGAACAAAAAAUACCAAAGCAACCUAGUGUUAACGCUCAUCGUAUGCAAGAAGUAGUUGAUCAAGUGAAAAAUCUAUGUGAUGUAAAUUCAAAAAUUUAA